AUGGACACAAAACCCAAAGACAAGUUGAUUGUUGUAUGCAUACUCCAUCCUUCAUCUGUACAAAAGUGUCACUCUUCAUACGGCUCGUCAUACGACCACACUGCGACAGACUCUUACCACCAAGAGUUAUCUCUGAGAUUCGGUCAAGGAGCUCACGGUGACAAUCAACCCUCACUAUGCCUCCCGCACCGAUAUGCACUCCAUCCUCCUUCGAUUACCCAACUUGCUUCAGCCAGUUGGAUUACCUACGGCCCUCUCAAGUCUUCAAAAUAUCCCUUCAAGCUCAAGUAUUUGCACUGGGGUCUCAUCGUUGAUCCUGCAAUGAAUCGUUUCUUGAAGAGUCAGCCUAGCAUCGAGCAUCUUGCAUUCCCCGACUUUGCCAUUCUUCCUCCAGAUUGGUUCUACUUUUGGCCAGAUUUCCUCCCUAAUGCGCGCAAGGUCACUGCUCCGAGUAGUCUCGAAGUGGCACUGGCCAUCUCGAGGUAA